AAGAUUGUGGUUGAUAACACUUUAUGCUAGCAUUUACUCCGAGCUGAUCUUCACACGCAAUAAUUAUGAAUGUUACCGGGGUUCUUCUCUGUCUUGCCUGUUUGGCUUCUGUUGUCCAGGGAUACUGCUACAUUGGAGCACCGGAUCCCUCGUUGGGCAGCCAGUGCGCCUUGGCGAACGGAACCCUGAUAGACAUUGGCACACAGGUCACAUAUCCGGACAAGUGCGAGCGAUGUUCAUGUUAUGGUUAUCACGGCGAGACGGGCGGGGCUGCGUUGUCCUGCUGUGGGUAUGGUAUCCACGCGGGCGUGUUCGCCCCACCUCCAGGAUGUGAGAUUGACACCGAGGAGGAUGGCUGCACGGUCAAAAUAGUGUGUCCUUAACAUGUCUGAUGCGGUUUUGAAUUCUGAAUUGAAUUUUAAUGCCAUUGUAUCAUUAUGGUUCUGAAAUAGAUUUUGUUCAGUAAUAAAAUGUUCUGCAUUUUG